GAGUGAGGUGGGGAUGUGCGAGCAAUCAUUUAGCUAGCGUGCUAACGGUGAAGUCUAUUUGCAGGUUAGCAAACUGUUUUUUAAGGAUCACUACACAGGUCCAACUCUGACAACGAGAAUGGAUAUAAGUUAACGAUGACUGGAGAGAAAAAGAAGAAAAAGCGGCUGAACCGCAGCAUUCUUCUGGCUAAGAAAAUCAUAAUAAAAGAUGGAGGCAGUCCACAGGGGAUUGGAGAGCCCAGCGUGUACCAUGCCGUGGUGGUCAUCUUCCUGGAGUUUUUCGCCUGGGGUCUGCUCACCACUCCCAUGCUCACGGUUUUACAUCAGACAUUCCCUCAGCACACAUUCCUGAUGAAUGGCCUUAUUCAUGGAGUCAAGGGUCUGCUGUCGUUCCUGAGCGCGCCGCUGAUCGGAGCGCUCUCAGACGUAUGGGGCCGCAAGUCCUUCCUGCUGCUCACCGUUUUCUUCACCUGUGCACCCAUCCCCCUCAUGAAGAUCAGUCCUUGGUGGUACUUUGCCGUUAUUUCCAUGUCGGGCGUCUUUGCGGUCACCUUCUCUGUCAUCUUUGCAUAUGUAGCUGACAUCACGCAGGAGCAUGAGAGGAGCACUGCCUAUGGUUUGGUAUCUGCCACGUUUGCGGCCAGCCUAGUGACGAGCCCAGCCAUCGGGGCGUACCUGUCACAGGCGUACGGUGACACGCUGGUGGUGAUCCUGGCCACGGCCAUUGCCCUGCUGGACAUCUGCUUCAUCCUGGUGGCCGUGCCCGAGUCCCUGCCGGAGAAAAUGAGGCCCGCCUCCUGGGGUGCACCCAUCUCCUGGGAGCAGGCCGACCCCUUCGCUUCGCUGCGGAAAGUUGGUCAGGACUCCACUGUCCUGCUCAUCUGCAUCACAGUCUUCCUGUCCUAUCUCCCUGAGGCCGGCCAGUACUCCAGCUUCUUCCUUUAUCUCCGACAGGUCAUAGGGUUCUCGUCAGAAACGGUUGCUGCCUUCAUUGCUGUGGUGGGAAUCCUCUCCAUCCUGGCUCAGACGGUGGUGUUGGGAAUCCUGAUGAGAUCCAUAGGGAAUAAAAACACUAUUCUCCUGGGUCUGGGCUUUCAGAUCCUGCAGCUAGCCUGGUACGGCUUUGGCUCCCAGCCCUGGAUGAUGUGGGCAGCUGGGGCAGUGGCUGCCAUGUCCAGCAUCACAUUCCCUGCCAUCAGUGCCAUUGUGUCCCGCAACGCAGACCCCGACCAACAAGGUGUAGUCCAGGGGAUGAUCACAGGUAUCCGAGGCUUGUGCAACGGCCUGGGUCCCGCACUGUAUGGCUUUGUCUUCUACCUGUUCCACGUGGAGCUCAACGAGAUGGACCCAGCUGAGAGCCCUGAGAAAGGGUCCAAGCCCAACAUGGCCAACCCCACAGACGAGAGUGCCAUCAUCCCGGGACCUCCCUUCCUGUUCGGCGCCUGCUCCGUGCUGCUCUCCCUGCUCGUGGCGCUCUUCAUCCCUGAGCACAACGGCGUGAGCAUGCGGCCGGGCGGCUACAAGAAGCACAACAACGGCGCCCAGAGUCAUGGGCACGGCCCGCAGGGCGGCAUCUGCGAGGGCAAGGAGCCACUGCUGGAGGACAGCUGCGUAUAACCCCUGCCACUAACACCCCACAGGCUGGGGUCCAUGGGGUCGGUGGUGGUGGUUAUAAAGGGUGUCGGGAGUGGAUCAAUAGGGUGUUUUUUCAGUUUGUUUUGUUAUGUAUGUUUGUUUGUUUGUUUGUUUAGGGUGGGACAGGGAAGGGUAAGCCUCAGGCCAGGAGGAGGGUGGAGGAGAGAAGAGGAUGCAACACCCAUCCACCCCCCUCUCCACCUCCUUUACUCACCCCACCUCCCAAGCUGGUUCUGGCAAUGCUCCCUUGCUCUGGCGAAAGACUUCCACAGACUCUACUGGGCCCUUCUCGGCCACCUAUAAGCUAAGACGUGUGACAGAGCGCUGGCGCUGUGAGAGCCAGUGCAGUGAACAAGGAGGCUGGGCAGAGCACGAGCCGCAGCAGCAGUGGGGGGGCGAGCCAGGAGCUUAGCUCACUGAAGGACGUGCCCUUGGCCUUGGAGCCACCAGGAAGUGGAUACUUGGGUGUCAAGGCUCACAUUUGAGAGGCGCCUGCAGAAGCUUAAAUGAUGUAUUUCAGUCGAAGGUUAUCGACAUAAGUUUAAUAUAGACUUUUGUGGCUGGUUCUAUUGUUUUUCCCACCCUCUUUUAAAAAAAAAAAAAAGAACAGACCCACAGACCAUACAAUGAUGUUGCGGUUCUUUAUCCAGAGACUCAAAAAGUAACAGUUAACGUAUUGGUGAGCUCCACUGUCGACACUGGUUGUGAGCCAAAACGUCACCUGCCACUUUGUUAAGGUUUUGGUAUUAACAUUUCAUAGGAUCGGUGGUGCUGAUGUUUGAGUAGAAAUGGUUCAUAUCCUGCGGAAUUUUUUUUUUUUUUUUUCUUCAAAGCAGUACAGCAGAGCACACAAUAGAUACAAUUUUAUACUGUGAGAGUUUAGUCUAUUUGAUACAAACACAGCUUGUUUCGGAGAUCUGAGUUCUACUGUUUUUCCCACACCACUGGUCUGAUCCUGCCAGGAACAUGGGUUAAGUUAGUCAGAGCCGAACUACUACCACCGUCUCUCCCUCUCUUGGACACCGAAUUAAUGUCAGUUUGUUCCCAUUUGUCUGUUCUCCUUCGAGGAUGGCUGUGUCAAAUGUUUUUAUUUAAAAGGAAAAGUUGCCUUUUAAUUGAUUUCAUGUUGAUAUUACCUAACCUGAAUGAAGACUUAUGCUCUGAGAAGGGUGAGUAAUUGUUGAUAUAUAUCGCUCCCAUCGGAGCUCACAUACUCUUUAGUCUAAUUCGUGUCCACCUAAAUGACCUCCGCUCCCCAAUCGCUGGGCCUUCUUACGUGUGUGCGUGUGCGCGUGUGUGUGUGUUUGCGUGUGCACGUCUGUGUCUGGGCUCAUGCAUUUCCCAUCACAAGCCAACAGGCUCCCCGUCAUUCUGGUUCUCAUUGUGAGCACUGACGUUGUCAGUAAGUCUCAGUGGAUGGUUAGAUUGGAUGGAGUACAUCAUCACCAUGCUGCUGCAGUAGAACGUAAAAGGUUACAUGUUCUGUGGUAUAAAUCUACAAAUGUGAUAUUUUGAGUAGACAAUUAACCAUUUCAAGGAUUCGUAUGUAAUCAGCUUCAAAGAUACUCUGCAUCUUCUGUGCACUGUCUUUGGAUAGAAGUGAUAUUUCAAUUACUGUAUUUAAUCUUAACUGUUGGUGUAUAUUUGAACAAUUGAUUUUCCUACAUUGAACCUCAAGUGCAUUGAAAUGGCUCACAUAGCUACAUCACAAACACUGCAGUAGGUAACACACCUGAGAAGGUUGUUUCUUUGUUUUGUUUUAUAUGGUUUUGUGCCAUGCUUAUUUUUGUUGUUUUGUAUGUUGUGUUUAUUUUUUUUGUAGAUUUAUUUUUUAUUAUUAUAAUUUUUUAUGCAUUGUUGGUGCCAUUUCUAUUCCCUUCAGGGAACCAAAUCACUGACAACAUUAAUGAGGAAACAAAUAGUGCAGUUUGAGGUGGACCGUGUGUCACUUGCUUGUGCUUAACACAUUGGAAAUAACAUUUUGUGGCCUGAUUUGAUACUUACUUAAUUGAUAUUUACCCUGAGAUCUUUGAAUGUUACAGAAAGCUUAAUCAUUUAAACAUUAAACCACAAAUUUGUGCUCACUUUAUUAUGUUUUAACACAGAGAAAGCUAGAACAGCUUUGUGUUCAAGGGGAUAUGGACUUUUUUUUGUAGUGAUGCAACUGGACAUUAUUGUCUGCUAUCCUAUUAGUCUGGUUUGUGGCCCAAAACUAGGAAAAAAAGAAAGAAAAAAUGACCUUUCUUUGUGCCUAAGUUUAUCAAAACUCUUGAAUAGCAGGAACACGUUGGAAGUUGUGAACAUGUUGUAAAUAUUGGGGAUCUAAUGACAAACUAUUUAUUAAAAUUUAAUGACAUUGACCUAUAA